GACGGGCACGCGCGUGUUAGUGAAAACAUUAGUAUCUAUGACCGUGUUUGUGUACGCAUGUGAGUAGCAGAUUCCUUUGAAGUUUGAUCGACGAUAAAAAAAUUUUGACAUCCCUGUCUGUAAGCUUUUCCCGAAGUUUGUACCCCUGAUCAGACAUUAGUUCAGUGCUGCCCUUCUUUCAAAAUGAGUGCAGAAAGCCGAGAGUUUAAAAAUUCUUAUGAAGAUUGGGAAUCAAAUCCAGCUUCAAAGCUUCACAAGAAGCUGGAUAUGAUGCAAUAUAGUGAGGCUGGAGGCUUGUGGAAGCUGGGACCAGAGUUUCAGCAUACCCUGCAGCAGUGGCAGCAGCAUCUCUUGGAGAGGCUGGAGAGGUCGCUGCCCAGCUCUCCAGAUGAGGGUGACUCCAGUGUGUACACAGGGACGGCUGGAAUAGCACUGAUGUAUCUCCAUCUGCACUCCAUCUCUGGAGAUCAGCACCUGCUGCAGUCGGCUGCCGGUCUGGUGAAGAAGCUGGAGCGCGCCUCUGCCGGCGCCGCCGGCCGCACCCGCCGCGUCUCGCUGCAUUGCGGGGAGGCCGGAGCCCUGGCGGUCACGGCGGCACUGGAACACAGGAUGGGACGGACCGACCGCGCCGCCGACUAUGCACAGAGGGUGCUGAGUAUGGUGGGCACGGUGCAGACGUCCCGCUCCAUGCCCGACGAGCUAUUGUACGGCCGCUCCGGCUACCUGGCUGCGCUGCUCUACCUCCACUCCCAGCUGGGAGAACACGCUCCGGCCGGGCUCACCGACGCUAUGCAAAAGACGGUGUCGGCGAUUCUGUCCCGGGGCAGGGAGCUGGCGGUCGAGGAGCGCUCUCCCUGUCCACUGAUGUUCGUGUGGCACGAGAAACACUACCUGGGCGCCGCGCACGGUAUCAGCGGCAUCAUGGCGCUAUUGAUGCAGGUUCCGGAGCUGGUGGGCCAGUCGGCUCUGUCUGACCUGGUCCGACCCACCGUGGACUACCUGGUGUCUCUGCGGCUGGCCUCGGGUAACUACCCGUCCUCCCUGGAGAGCGUCCUGUCCGACCGGCUGGUCCACUGGUGUCACGGUGCGCCCGGCUUCUCACACAUGCUCUGCCUGGCAUAUAAGGUGUUCGGCGACGACCGGUACCUGCAGCUGGCCCAGGAGGCGGCGGAGGUGGUCUGGCGGCGCGGCCUUCUGAAGAAGGGCUACGGUCUGUGUCACGGCGCCGCCGGCAACGCCUACACCUUUCUACACGUGUAUCAGCUGACCAAGGACGCCAAGUACCUGUACUGGGCGGCGCGCUUUGCUGAAUGGUGCUCCCAGUAUGGGAAGCACGGCUGUCGUACUCCGGACCGUCCGCUGUCACUGUUUGAAGGCGUGGCCGGCACCGUGUGCUUUCUGGCCGACAUGCAGCGGCCGGACACUGUCCGCUUCCCCACCUUCUGCUUCUGAGGAGCGGCUACUGAGGACUGAGGAGAGGGCAGCCGCAGUCGACAAGCCGAGUGGACACAGGUAUCGCCACUCAGCCCAGCAAUUGAUUUUCCACCGACUUCCGCCCUCCGCCGCCUAUCGGUCGGAGCCGCUCUGUAUGAGAAAGCGCUCCGGCUCCGCGCAGAGGAAACCCAUGCACUGCACCGAUACUGAUGACGUCAGCACGCCCGGACCGUGACGUCAGCAGUCCUCGGCGUGACGUCAGCACGCCCAGAGUGCACGGUUUACUGCGAAACGCGGCGGCGGUAGAGUGUAUCGAGCAGGUCCUUUGUGUACGGUGGCGGUCGGUCGAAUGGCGUUACAGGCUGGAAAUGGUCGGUAUACGGCCUGCCAAAGCAGUCAGUUUCGUGUGCUAGACACGGCUGUUGCCGUGACGUGGCCGGUCCGAGUUUCAGUUGAGCCGUAUUGCCGUGUGCUGGCUAACCCAGCAGUGGGUGCAUUAACCAAAUGCUGGCGUGCUCGGAGAUUUGCCCGACACAUACCGUUGGGUUGAGUUCGUUAUGUAGCAGAGCUGCAGUUCCAGCUAAGAAUGUUCGGCUGAUGCAAUGCCUGUCGUGGGCCUAUGCUACAAAGCUGGAUCAGCGAGCCUACGAAUACUUAAACCGGGGUGCCAAGGAAAAGUAAAAAGGAUAAUGUGUGCCGGCGUGACGUGUGUGUGUGGUUUUCCUGGAGCCCGUUUCCUGUGAUACAUCAGAUGGUUUCCCUGUGGACGCCCCCCUCCCCUCCCCCGUGUCGGACUGUGCCGUUCUGUGUUUGCCAUUAUCGUCGCGCCGAUACGCGGCUUGUGAGAACAACGGCUGUGCCGAGUUGCUGGGGCGAGACCGAGGCAGUAGCCGAGUGGCGCACCAGCAAUAAUUUGCGAUAUUGCUGUUAUGAGUGUUACAUGUAUUGUUUACGGCUUAAAAUAAACUUAUAAAAAAUGAACAA